CUUUGAUAGUUUCGUAGAACUACCGCUGGAUAAUAAUAAUGUAUGGUGACGAGGUUAGGGUCCAGCGGUGCCUUUUAAUAACACAUCACCGCCAUGUUUUACCUCAAAACUUACUAGGUGUUUGAUUGGGAAGGAAACAGGUUGCGCCUGCGCUCUGAGCCAUACGUGUUUUUUUUUUUUUCCAGCUUGAGAUAUGCUGGCUUUUUUUGAAAAUCAGCAGCAGCUGCUUCAAAGGGCAGAGAGACGGAGACGGAGGAAUGUGGCUGUGAUUCAUCCGGACCAGAUGAACCCGGACCGGGCCGUCCCGUCUGGAAUCAGACGCUAUGCUGUUAUUUCCUCGUGCGUUUCUUGUUUGAUGUAGAACGCGCUCUGCUGGCCGCCUUCAGACGUACUGAGAUGGUCUAUUUCAGCGAUGGCUAAGGGUCUUUUUCCACGAGCCUGGGUGAAAAAGUCUUUCUAUUUCCAGGCUCGGAUCUCCUUCGUGCGGGUGAAGUACCUGUUUCUCACCUGGCUCACCGUCCUGGUUGGCAGCUGGGUUCUCUAUGUCCAGUACUCGGCUUACACAGAGCUGUGCAGAGGACAUGAGUGCAAGAACGCCAUCUGUGAUAAAUACAGGAGGGGAAUCAUCGAUGGCUCUGCCUGCAGCAGUCUGUGUGAAAAAGAAACGCUCUACAUGGGCAGGUGUCUGUCUACGCUACCAAACAACCAGGUGUACACAGGAAGCUGGGGGGACAACGGCGGGAUCAUCCGCUGCAAACUGGGGGAGGUGGGUCACUACGAGCUGGGCGAGGAGCCGGAGCCACGAAGAGAAACCCCAGUGUUCGAUAAGCCUAACAGAGGCACCUCUGUUGAGAAGUUCAAAGAGAUGCUCUUCAACCAUCUCAAGUCCAAGCUUGGAGAGCAUGCGGACCUUCGCAGUCUUGUCAGCCAGAUCCUCUCCGUCGCCGAUGGCAACAGAGAUGGACGAGUGUCACUCCCAGAGGCUCGUUCAACAUGGGCCCUUCUGCAGAUGGAUGAGGUUCUGCUGGGCCUGCUGCUCCAGGACCGUGGGCAUACACCCCGCCUUCUUGGCUACUGCGGAGAUCUCUACAUGACAGAGCGGAUCCCCAACGGGCCCCUCUACGGGUUCUCAUUGCCCUGGCCUCUUGUUUCCUGGGUGCCAGGAGGUUUGCAGCGCACCAUGGACCAGUGGUUCACCCCUUCCUGGCCUCGCAAAGCUAAAAUCUCCAUGGGCCUGCUGGAGCUCGUGGAGGACAUUUUUCACGGUACCUACGGGAGCUUUCUGAUCUGCGACCUCGCUGCCAUGCACUUUGGUUACACCGACCGCCAUGAGCUCCGGCUCACCAACACGCAAGUGUUGGUCCCUGAAGAGGAGUUCAGGCACACCAUGAGAGUCCUGAAGUGUGAGACGGACGCCGACUGCGUGUAUGGAGCGGACUGCCAGACCUCAUGCGACCCAUCUGAGAAGCGGUGCGGGGAGGAGCCGGUUCAGCCCAACCUCGCAAAAGCGUGCGGCGUGUUGAAGGACUACAUCCUGCGUGGGGUGCCUUCAGAAAUGAGAGAGGAGCUGGAGAGGCAGCUGUAUGCCUGCAUGGCUCUCAGAGGUAACGCCGGUCAGAUGAACAUGGAACACUCGCUCAUCCUCAACAACCUGAAAGCUCUGCUUUGGAAACGGAUCUCGCACACCAAGGACUCAUGAUGUUGGGGAUUGUCGUUUUGAAAUCACAAUCAUCAGGUCUCCAAGUGGAGCAGAGUGAAAGCAAUGCAGUGAUACAUGAGUAGAAUAUAUAAUGAAAUCAUAUCUAUCACCCUCUAACACUUGUGAAUAGAGAUGCACUGAUGAGAACUUUGGGGCCAAUUUCCGAUAUCCGUUGUUUGUUUUUUUUAUAAAGCAUUACCAAUUUUCACACUGUGAUUUCUCUUUUAAAACUAGUGUGAGACGAUAUUAAGACACAAUUCCAAAUAUUUUUUUCAAGCCUGUUUGCUGUGAGCGGCAAUAUUUAAAUGGAGCACAGACAGCAGCAAGCAGGUGUGUAGGAGCAGUAGCUGUAAAGCAAAGUUUUAUUACUGUUUUAUAACUAAGGAAAAAAUUAUUGGACAUUUUCCGCUGGAUUUAGCAUUUUACUAGUAAUUAGCAUAGUUAGCAUUAAAAAACAGUAUUAUUGGUGUGUAAUCCCUUUAGAGUCCUUUGAUACUUUCAAAUUCAGGAUGUUCCCUUAAAGAUAGAGGUUUAAAUGUCAAACAAUUAAAACAAAGCACUUUUAUCAUAAUGUGUUCAGCCUUAUUAAUUAGGUUUUGCCCAGCUCCUUUCAGGAGUAGCAAACAAACAAAGGUGCUCUAAUUAAUUUUCAUUUUGUAAUGCAGAGUGCUAUUUAAGUGUGGCACAUUAAUUUAACUGUUUGAAACUAUUUGAAACACCAAAUUUACCAUAAAUAAGUUGGCAAGCUUAAUAUCUUUUGUUUUUAAACUUUGGAACAAUAUACCACCACUACAAAAUAAAAUCAAACGAUGCUGUUGGGGGGGCCCUUGGUGGGGCUAGGGCCCUAAGCAGCUGCUUAACUUGCAUUUGACUGGGGCCGGCUAACUUAGGAUUUUAUUUUUAGUUUCUCACCAGUCAGGUCUGGUUUAAAAAAAAACAAUUUGCUGUGCAUCUCUACUUACAAAUGAUAAAUCCAGUUGACCUACCUCCUCUCUUACUAUUCUAAAAGUUUGGGGCCUAAAACCUGAACUCAGUGAUUGUGUGUUCUCAUCAGGCAAAUCUGAAACAAGUCAUAGAAUCUUAUGGUUAUGUUUUGUGUUGUUCACCACAGUGGAAUGUUAUCUUUGAGAUAAUGACUUGACUAAUUCACUCGUUCUGCCAAAACCAUCCUACAGCGGAUCUGCAUCACCUUUACUUUGACAUGAAGAAGUAUUAGAAAAUCAGAGUGCACUGUAAAUAGGAUGAGACAAAUAUGUGAUCAAAUCCACAGGGGACCACUGUUGGCACUUGCACUCCUUUAUUUUUUGAACUACACUUGGAAAAC